AUGAAAUAUUUAGAAUUAAGUGUAUGGAUUGUAAUAGUCAUUCUUAGCAUUAAAAAUGCAAAUAUAGAUUUAGAUAUGAAGGUGAUUGAUAGUUAUAAACAUAACACAUUUGUAUUAUUUAAUAAUCCUCCUUUUAAUGGAUUAUUUGAUUUCUUUUUAUAUGAGGUGAUUCCCGUACACUUUUCUAAUUAUGCUAUUUAUAUUUUAAAAUGUUUAUUACUUCUUAACAAUAACUUUUCAACAAUUUUGUCAUGUCUGAUUUUCUCACUGCCAGAUUUCAAACCGCCCUGUGCUACGAUCUUCUCAAUUUAUGCACUUUUUAAUGAUAAUAUUUUUUAUAGAUCUAUUUUUAUAAGCUUAUCUCUUGUAUCUGAUUUAUCUUCAGUAUUUCUUAUUAUCAUUUUAAUUGUACAGAUUACUUAUAAUACUUAUUUAUUUUUAAUAGAUAAUAAAAAAUCUGUUAUUAAUACAUUAGUUAAGUACUUUAUUAAUAUAUUUUUUAUAUUAAGUACAGUAAUAUGUACUUAUUUACUAAUAUUUUAUAUAGAUUAUAAUAUUAGAUACAAUAUUUAUGACUAUAAUGAUCUAUCUCUUGGAUUUUCUGGAAGUUUUAAUAAUCCUAAUCUACAGCCUACACAUGAAUAUAUAACUCAUGGUUCCUUAAUUUCAAUAAUAAACAUGUAUCAUAAAUGUUAUUUAGGUAGUCAAGGUAAAGACAGUGUAUUGGGUAAUAGAAGAAGUCAGGAUAAUAAUGUAUGGCGUAUAUUAAAAACAGAGGGAGAAGGUGAUAUACAGAAUAAUGAUUUAGUUAGACUUGUAAAUAUGAAAUUACAAACAGUUCUUUCACUUAAUAAUGUAAAUAAUACUGAUAAGUUUUUUAAUGUAGAACUAUCAGACAGAGAUAAAGUGUUACAGUCAAAAAAUGAUAUAUUUAGAGUUGUGUGUGAUAAAAAAUUAAAAGCAAGGCAGAAUGCCUUUCAACUCGUUAAUGUUAAUACUGGAUUGUAUCUAGGAAUGAGGAAAAUAAAUCAGAAUAAACAAGAUGAAUUAAAUGUGUAUGCUAGUAUUUACAGCAAUAAUAAGCACAGGCUGUGGUAUAUUUCUGAUAAUGAAAGAAAUGACGAUACUACUAAAAUAAUGUUAAAUUAUCCUAAAAUUUCAUUAAUUCAAAAAAUUAUAGAACAUACAAGACAUAUUAUUAAUAAUGUACUUAUAGAAGAUAAUAUACAUUCUAGAUUAUUCUUAUUAUUAGUACCUAUUAUCUCUCUAUAUAUAAUAAUUAGUAAAAUAUUAAAAAAUAGAGGAUAUAAAAGUAAGAAUGUUAGUUCUUUACUUAUAACAUUUUUUGUAAAUACAGUAUUAUUAAGAUUUAUAUAUUGUGGAGACAGAAAUGUAUUAAUGGUAAACCAAGUAAUUGUAAAUUAUCUUUUUAUAAAAGAAGUACAUAAAUUUUCAGUAUAUGUAUAUUUAUUAAUAAGUUUAGUAUUUUUAAUUCACCGCUAA